GGAGGGGAGGGAGACGCACAGGCAGGAAAGAUGGCGGCGGCGGCUGCUCAGGGUGGGAGAUCCGGUGGUGGCGGAGGCAGUAGUGGGGCUGGCGGCGGUCCCAGCUGCGGGACGGGCAGUAGCCGUAGCGGCUUGUUGGACAAGUGGAAGAUUGAUGAUAAGCCUGUGAAAAUUGACAAAUGGGAUGGAUCGGCUGUGAAAAAUUCUUUGGAUGAUUCCGCCAAAAAGGUACUUCUGGAAAAGUACAAGUAUGUGGAGAAUUUUGGUCUAAUUGACGGUCGCCUCACCAUCUGUACCAUCUCCUGUUUCUUUGCCAUAGUGGCUUUGAUUUGGGAUUAUAUGCACCCCUUUCCAGAGUCCAAGCCUGUUUUGGCUUUGUGUGUCAUAUCCUAUUUUGUGAUGAUGGGGAUCCUGACCAUUUAUACGUCGUAUAAGGAGAAGAGCAUUUUCCUGGUGGCCCACAGGAAAGAUCCUACAGGGAUGGAUCCUGAUGAUAUUUGGCAGCUGUCAUCCAGUCUCAAAAGGUUCGAUGACAAAUACACUCUGAAGCUGACCUUCAUCAGUGGAAGAACAAAGCAGCAACGGGAAGCCGAGUUCACCAAGUCCAUUGCUAAGUUUUUUGACCACAGUGGGACACUGGUCAUGGAUGCAUACGAGCCUGAAAUAUCAAGGCUCCAUGACAGUCUCGCCACAGAAAGAAAAAUAAAAUAGCCAGUUCUAAAAGCAGCCAUCUUUCUGCUGGAUCGUGCUGAAUCAAAGGGUGAGGGAAAAGAAAUAGAAGCCCUAAAAUGGAUUAACGUAAGAGAUACUAAAAUGUCCCCAUUUUGUCCUAAAGUUUUAGUCUAUUCUGGAUAAAUAGGAUUUUCUAGCUCAGAUAUGAGAAGUUGUAGCUCUGAUAGCUAGCUAUAGCCUCUUUGGUCUGCUGAUUGCAUUGUUUUGAUUUGCUUUUCUGGAAAAGCAUUUUUGCUAAGAGCUGUACAAAUUCUUCCUUCAUACCUAGCAGUACUUUAUAUAGUAUAGCUUUGUGCCAUGCAGCCUCUGAAGACUCAGUUUAAUUGUUAACCUGUUGCUAACUUUAUUGUGUUAAUGCCCAUUUCAAUAGCUGUUUCCCUUAAUUCAGGAUACAACUUCUUGUGUACAACAGUUUUCUUUCACACACCGUUUUUGUGGGUGUGUAUAUAUCUGACUUGGGGAGAAUUGGGGGAAGAAAACACAGCUUUUUAAUUCGUUUAAAAAAGACUUUUUGCCUGUUACAUUUUUGUGCUCUUAACCAAUUAAAGAAGCCAAUGGUA